AUGGGAAAUCCAAAUAUACAAAUCAGUGAAGAAAUUUACAAUGAAGCAUUGAUUUCAAUUGAGGACAUGUGCUUGAUAAUGUCAAACAAACUAUUAAUUCAAUUAGGCCUGACCGCGCCCAAUCGUCCAAUGCAUGACGCUUUUAACCAAGAGUUGCAUCGAGAAAGACUGUAUGAUCUCAACGAUUUGAAAGAAUUAAUUCAAACAAAUCUUCCACUGUUAAAUGAACAACAGAAGUAUGUAUUUGAAACUCUUAUGAAAGUAACAAAUGAUGAAACUGGAGGGAUUUACUUCUUAGAUGCACCUGGUGGUACAGGAAAAACUUUUUUGAUUUCAUUAAUAUUAGCAACAAUUCGCUCACAAAAUAAAAUUGCACUUGCACUCGCUUCGUCGGGAAUCGCAGCAACUUUGCUUGAAGGUGGUCGAACAGCCCAUUCAGCACUAAAAUUGCCAUUAAAUAUGCAUAGCAAUGAAACUCCAACCUGCAACGUUUCGAAGAACUCUGCAAUGGCAAAGGUUUUGCAGCAAUGUAAAUUGAUUGUUUGGGAUGAAUGCACGAUUUCACAUAAAAAAUCUUUGGAGGCUUUGGACAGAACCUUAAAAGAUCUACGGAGCAAUAAUAACCGAUUUGGUGGUGCAAUGAUUUUAUUAGCAGGAGAUUUUCGUCAAACAUUGCCGGUGAUUCCACGAUCAACGCCAGCUGAUGAACUCAAUGCAUGUCUAAAGUCCUCCAGUUUGUGGAAACAUGUCCAAGUACUUCAUUUAAGCAAGAAUAUGCGUGUCGAGUUGCAAAAUGACCAAUCUGGAAACAUAUUCUCUAAACAACUCAUUGACAUUGGUAAAGGCAAAUUUCCUAUAGACAUGUUGACUGGCUGCAUUAACUUUCCUCUAAGUUUUUGUCAGUUAACUCGAUCAAAAGAUGAACUUAUUCAGAAGGUGUUUCCAGAUGUUUCUCAAAAUUACAGAAACCAUGAUUGUCAACUAUCCACCGGAUUUUUAAACUCGCUGGAUUUGCCAGGAUUGCCACCUCACAAUCUUCAAUUAAAGGUUGGAUCGGUGGUUAUAAUGUUGCGAAAUAUCAACCAACCGCGUCUUUGCAACGGUACACGGUUAGCGAUAAAAAAAUUACUAAACAAUGUGAUAGAAGCAACUAUACUCAAAGGAAAGUAUAAAGGAGAAGAUGUUCUCAUACCGCACAUCCCAAUGAUUCCGACUGAUGUGCCAUUUGAGUUUAAACGACUACAGUUUCCAGUGCGUCUUGCUUUUGCUAUGACUAUAAACAAGUCCCAGGGGCAAUCAUUAAGUGUUUGUGGUAUUAAUCUAGAAAACCCAUGUUUCUCACAUGGUCAAUUGUAUGUUGCCUGUUCCCGUGUUGGAAAACCAUCAGAUUUGUUUAUCUAUGCGCCAGGUAAUCAAACAAGAAACAUCGUAUACCACAAAGUACUACAAUGAUAAUAAUAAUAAUUAUGAUUCACAUGAUUAACAAUAA